GUAUUUAGUGCCAAAGACAGCCUGAAAAAGGGGGCAGUUAAAAAUGGCUUUCCAAAGGUUUGUGUGCUGUUUCUUUGUGAUGAUCAUUGUCUUAUGCAAAGACUGUCAUUCACAGCAGCCUACAUGUGUUAAAAAGGCUGUAAAAAACAUUAUGAUCGCUGUACGUCAAGCUACAACCCCAGGAAUUUCGCCCUGGCUGGCAUUUAUAACUGUUUUUAAGCAGUUUAAGUGUGGAGGGUCCCUCAUCAGUGACCAGUGGGUGCUGACAGCUGCUCAGUGCAUAUCACCUCAAGAGAUCGGUGACACAGCUGUGUUUCUGGGCGUCCAGAAUCUGACAGGUGCAUUUCCACCUGUAGUGGGUCUAAGAGUUGAUAAAAUCAUCUGCCAUCCUGACUACAGAAAUUUGACCCUCAAAAACAACAUUUGUCUGCUGAAGCUGUCCACUCCUGUGAAUUUCACAGACUACAUUCAGCCAAUCUGCUUAGCUGCAGAAAACAGCACUUUCUAUGCUGGGACUAACACCUGGCUCACUGGCUUUGGUAUAACGAGUAAGUUCAAAGGUAACCUCACGUUCCCCAACAUCCUGCAGGAGGCAAAUGUGCCAGUAGUGGGAAACAAUGAGUGCCAGUGUUACUAUGAAGACUUGACGUUCUCCAGUAUUACAGAGAACAUGAUCUGCACUGGACUCCAAGCUGGAGGGACGAGCUCAUGUUAUGGAGAUGGAGGGGGAGCGCUCAUGAUCGAAACAGGUUCAGUCUGGAUCCAAAUUGGAAUUGUGAGUUUCAGUGUCGGCUGCGCCCGACCUCUGAGACCCGAAGUCUACACUCGUGUGUCCCAGUACCAGAAAUGGAUCAGUGACACCAUCACCGACACAGAACCAGGCUUUGUCUCCUUCACCUCUACAGGCACUGACAGCGACUUGAGCUUUAAUUGUUCAGCAUUUGUACCACCUGCCCCUGCCCCUGUCCCUACCACUGCCCCUGUCCCUGUUCCUAACAUUGAUGUGUGUGACAGUGUGUUUUGCAGUGGUGAAAAUUUGAUCCACUUCACUCCCUUCACCUCACUCUGUGUUCUCAUUGCAUUGCUCCAUAUGUUUAUUGGAAGCACUAAAAUGUAACUCAACCCAUGUACUCAAGUACUUUGCGUAAGUACAAACUUACAUACUUUAAAUCAGAACUCUUCCUUUAUGGCAAACAAUUAAACAAGGAAUAUUAUAUAUCUU